UCACUCCACGCCAGUUGCGCGCAACGCGUCCUUACAAUUACUCAGCUUGCAUAGCUGCAUACCAAUGUAUCCUUCAUUUAAUACGUUUCCACUCAAAAAUGACCGACAAAUGGACUAAUAAAACAACAGCCAAGUUCAUCGAAGUAUACAAACGACACCAGUGUCUUUGGAACAUCAAGCAUGGACUAUACAAAAACAAAGAAGCUCGCGAUGUAGCUUACAGCAACCUAAUAUAUGAAAUGGCCAGAACCUUAAACGUACACAUGACCGUGAAAGCUGUGAGAGAGAAAAUCAGGUCGCUAAGGAACACUUUUAUAAAUGAAAAUAAGAAAAUUGAAGAGGCUAAAAUAAUGGGGAGUAAUUAUUUUCCCAGGCUGCAGUGGUACGAGUCAAUGAUGUUCCUGAAGCAGUCGGAAGAAACGAGCCAUGUGCGCUGCGAACCUACGAGUAUGGUGUCGACGCAAUCAGAUAGCAAUAGUAUCACAAUCACUAAGGUACCAGAAAAUGAGAGCAUAACAAUUACCAGGCUUCCAGAAGUAGAAAGUAUUUCGAACAAUUACAGUUCUGACAAUGUGACUGAUUUCCAUCAUAACAUUAUGGAACCCGUCGUUAAUCUUACAGAAGUAACGAAUGGGCAGCAUCGUCCUAUACUCCAGGAGACACACCACGUGAGUCAUCAUUCGCUUCCACCGUUUCCUACGAACGUAGAAACUGUACGAAAUUCGCCAAAAGUUAUUGAAGAAGAUGAGUUCGAUGCAUUUGGAAGAAACGUUGCUUUACAAUUAAAGUCUUUGCCAUUGAUUUACGCUUUAGAAAGUCAAGAAAUUAUACAAAGGGUUCUAAAAGAACAGAGAAUACAGGCUUUACAGGGACAACCACAACCUCAACAGGAAGAAACAUUUACUGCUAACGCAGUGACCAUUGCUGUACCUUCAGAAAUACGACCGCUGUUGGGAAGUAUUAAGUUAGAAUUAGAGUAAAACUUAAAAUUUUAAACCAAAGAAUCGACCGAAUUGUACUUACUUUAAGUUAAAAAUGUCGUCAUAUCCUCGUCCACUUUUCGUGUCUAUAAUAAUAAUAACUUAUCAAUAAGUAAUACAAAGAACAACCAAAUGUUUAUAGUCUAUAGUUAUUAAGCUCGACUGAUAGAUUCUUCGAAAAUUAUUAAACCGCAGGUGAUUUUCCUUAGCGAAAUUGCUCAUGGGGAAACCACUUUAUGUUAAUAAUUAUUGUAUGUUAUUUUAUUUUUGUCGUUUAAAAUAGCUUAUUGAUUCGUUAACACUAUUACAAUACAACUAGUAAUGUUGAAAAAUGUACAAACGUUACUUGCGCAAAUCUUAGACUUUCGCUGACUAAUGUGAUAGCAAGUUUAUUUGAUUAUUUCUGAUACAUGGCUUAACAAAUAAUAA